AUGAAUAAAGCGCAGUGCCUUCGAAAUGUAUUACAAAGUAAAGAAUUCAAUACAUUACCAAUUUUUUUAAAAGGACUCGCCAGUUUUAUUAAUGGUGAUGAAGAUAAUAAGUUCAAAUCAAUUAGUUCCUACUUGGUGGAUUCACAAUUUUUAUCUGAACUUAAGGCACCCCUACCUGGUGUUGAUUUCGCUUUUGGUGACUCGCUAAGGGAUGUCAAAUGUACUUUAAGGGACGAAGAGUCAAGGCUUCAUGAAUUAUAUAUAACUUAUGAAGGUGUUAAAAAGUUAAAGAUCACUUCAGGUGAUAUCCCGUAUGCGCCAUUUCUCGAGCAAUGCUUUAGCAAUGUUGAAGAGCUUGUUGGUGCUUUCUUUAGACAUGUCAAAAGCUUACAAAGUUAUUUCUAUGAACUUGAGAAUAUAGAUAAUAAUUGUGUGAUAUUGGAUCCAAUCAAGCCAACUUUUAAGGAUAAUUUCAGGAAUAUUCGCAUUGAUGACAAAACAUGGCUGUAUGUAGAAGUUACUCUAGAUGGAUACCCUUCAAAUAUGCAUCUAAUAGGGCAGUCCGAAGUAUGGCAAGGAAAAUUACAAGAUGGAAUUUUAAAUUGGGACCAUGAUAAAAAUAUAGUAGAAAACAUAACAUCCAUAUUUGAUUUAAAUGAUCAUUCAAUCUCAUUUAAAUCCCUAAGUGAAACUAUGAAGCCAUGUGAUGCACAAGAGAAAGAUGAUAUAAUAUGUGGAAUAUGUUUCUGUUCUGAGCUGCCUGAUAAUCUCACUGUACCACAGCCAUUAUGCCAGAAUUCAAAUUGUGAUGUUCACUUUCAUAAAAGCUGUUUGUUCCAGUGGUUGGUUGCAUGUGAAGGAGGAAGGCCUCCAUCUUUUGGAAUUAUAAAUGGUAGCUGCCCUACAUGUCUUCAACCAAUCUCAUGUAGUAAUAAUAACUGA